AUGUGGUUUCUUGCGCCGGUGGUCGCCUUCUUGCACCUGUCCGUCGUCGUCCUCUCCGGCGAGCCCCCGGCGGCGGCGAAGGCCAAGGUCCCGGCGCUCAUCGUGUUCGGCGACUCCACGGUCGACACGGGCAACAACAACUACCUCUCCACGCUCGUCAGGAGCGACUUCGCGCCAUACGGCCGCGACCUCCAGCUCGCCGCCGCCGGCGGUGGGGCCGGUGGCCGGCCAACAGGCAGGUUCUCCAACGGCCGCCUCGCCGUCGACUUCAUCUCCGAGGCGUUCGGGCUCCCGCCGCUCGUGCCGGCGUACCUCGACCCGACCGUCAACAUGAGCAGCCUCGCCGCCGGCGCCUGCUUCGCCUCCGCCGGCGCCGGCUACGACAAUGCCACCUCCGAUCUUUUCUCGGUGCUGCCGCUGUGGAAGGAGCUGGACUACUUCAAGGAGUACACGGCGAGGCUGAGGAGCUUCCGGGGAGACGACGCGGCGGCGGAGACGCUGUCGGAGGCGCUCUACAUCGUCAGCAUGGGCACCAACGACUUCCUCGAGAACUACUACGCGGUGGCGCGCGGCCACGCGGCGGAGUACCCCACGGCGGCGGCGUACGGCGACUACCUCGUCGGCGUCGCCGAGUCGUUCGUCCGCGAGCUGCACGCGCUCGGCGCGCGCAAGGUGGACCUCAACGGGCUCCCGCCGAUGGGCUGCCUCCCGCUGGAGCGCGCCAGCGCCGCCGCCGGCGGCGCGUGCACCGAGGAGUACAACGCCGUGGCGGAGCGCUUCAACGCUGGCCUCCGGGACGCCAUCGCCCGGCUCAACGGCGAGCUCGGCGGCGGCGGCGCGAGGGUCGUGUACGGCGACGUGUACGGGCCCGUGGUGGCGGUGCUCGCCGAGCCGGCGGCGCACGGGUUCGAGAACGUGAAGGCCGGGUGCUGCGGCGUGACGGGGGUGUUCGAGAUGGGGUACAUGUGCGGCGCGCGGAGCCCGCUGACGUGCGCCGACGCGAGCAAGUUCGCCUUCUGGGACGCCAUCCACCCGACGGAGCGCCUCCACCGCGCCAUCGCCGACGCCAAGAUGAACUCCACGCUCUACGUCUUCCUAUGAACUUCCACCAUGGUAUUGAUUGUUGUGAACGUGAUGGCCAUGAAAUGCGCAGAAUGUGAUUCUUCCCAAGUUCCUAUAAAAAAUACCGC